AUGUCUAGAGCCCUACCUUUCACGCUGGACACGCCAUCCCUCCUCCAUGAGGCCUCCCUGCUAGAUGGCAACUGGGUGCAAUCUAGUUCCGGUCAAAGGUUCGAAGUCGAAGACCCUGGUACGGCCAAGGUUUUUGCCUCCUGCCCAACCAACACCGUCGCCGACGUAGACGCCUACAUCAAAUCCGCACAGCGCUCAUUCCUUACCUACCGAGCCACAAACCCGCGCGAACGCGCAAAGAUGCUGCUGAACUGGCACGGCCUAAUCAGCCGAUCCAAAAACGACAUCGCAACGCUUGUUGUGUAUGAAACCGGUAAGCCCAUUGCCGAGGCCCUCGGCGAAGUCGAGUACGCCCUGGGCUUCGCAUGGUGGUUCGCGGGCGAAGCCGAGCGCAUCCGGGGUUCAAUUGCGCAGCCUUCUAUCUCAGAUAGAAGAAAUUUCGUAAUCAAGCAGCCGAUCGGUGUCUGCGUCGCGCUUGUGCCAUGGAACUUCCCCGUUGCGAUGAUCAUUCGGAAGGCAGCAGCGGCGUUGGCUGCGGGCUGUACUAUUGUCAUUAAGCCGUCGCCUGAGACGCCGCUGAGUGUACUAGCUUUGGCGGAUUUGGCGCUGCAGGCGGGAUUCCCGCCGGGUGUAAUAAAUGUCUUGUCGACUGAUAGUGCUCAUACCCCUAGUGUGAGUGAGGCGCUUUGCAAACAUCAACUUGUCCGCAAGGUGACGUUUACGGGAAGUACGACGGUUGGGCAACUUAUUGCGCGGCAUUGUAGUGAAGGGUUGAAGAAGGUUACGCUGGAGCUUGGAGGAAAUUGUCCAUUUAUCAUCUUUGAUGAUGGCGAUUUGGACCAGGCGUUGGCGGCGUUAAUGGUGCUGAAGUGGCGGACUGCCGGGCAGGCGUGUACACAUGCAAAUCGGGUAUACGUGCAGAGGGGUGUGUAUGACCGGUUCUUAAGCAUGCUCGUUGAUGCAACGAGACGGCUUCGUGUGGGACAUGGCGCCGAUCUUGAGACUACGAUGGGCGCGCUGACAACUAAGUCUGGACUUGCGAAGCUGGAGCGUCACAUUGCGGAUGCUGUUGCGAAGGGUGGGAAGAUCGUGCUAGGUGGUCGUCCACUGGAACAUUUGGGAGGAAACUUCUUCCAGCCAACAAUCAUCUCUGGUAUGUCGUCGGAUAUGUUGACUACGCAGGAGGAGGUAUUCGGCCCACUGCUUGGACUGUAUCAAUUUGAUACCGAGGAGGAGGCUGUCCGCAUGGCCAAUGACACAAACAUGGGACUGGCUUCGUACUUUUUUACCAAGGAUGUCAGUCGGACGUGGCGAUUGUUGGAGAGUCUCGAGGCGGGCAUGAUCGGCAUGAACACUGUCUCCCUUUGGGGUAUCAAAGAGUCUGGUUAUGGUAAGGAAGCUGGCAAGGAUGUCGCGAUCGAGGAAUAUCUGAUCGCCAAAACGGGAACGUUGACGGUUGGGGCGAUCGCAUCGAAGCUGUAG